ACCGUCUUGUUUUCAGGUGCAGCGGCGAUGUACUCGUGUUACGUGUGCGCUUCCAGCGAUUUCAGUGGCUUACAAGUGAACAGCACUGUGGAUGGCAUCCUUGCGGGCUGCCCGUCACAGGCUCCUUGCUGCAAAGACGAGUUCGGUGGAAGUUCAACUGACAAAAUUGACAUAGCCCACAACUGCGAGUUUUGCAUCAAGUCGAAGAUCACAUGGUCUGGCUCCCGUGAUGAUAUUUUCUACAAAAGACUCUGCUACGAUAAGCACAUGGGCGGUGAAAUACAGAAGGUCAUCGUGGGAGAAAUUGAUGUAGACACAACACCGAGAGACAAGGUGAAGGAGCGUCUCAACGUGCUGGAGAAGCUUGAGGCGGGCGAGUGCAUCACCAGGACGACGGAGACGCCGCUGUUCAAGCAGAGAGACGAGUUGUGCGGCUGCAGGGGCGAUUUCUGCAACGGGGCGCUGGCACUGCGCUCCGGUCUGCUGGUGGCCGUCAUAGCCACUGCGGCAGCACUGUGCAUGUGAACAAUGCCGGGUAAACCUAGGUGUCUAUGUAUGGGGUCGAUAGGUGUAUGUCCACCAUAACCCCUCUUCUUCUUCUCCUCCUUCCACCUCACAUUGCCCCCUGCCCCUUGACCGAAUGGCUGCCUUUCCCCUUCUUGUCCCAACUACCGUUCAGUUAACCACUUUAGUACUCCACUUACCUUGGGAGCUGUUAUUUUGACUGAUUACAGGACCAGCAUCGACCCAUUGGUCAGCGAACUUGGGGCAAUUGUUUUCCUGUGUCAUCGUUAAAAAUAUUGAAAAAGUAAUGUAGUGGGCACGUUCAAUGCGCUUUCUGUUGGUGAAGAGGCACACAUGUCAUCUUUCUUUCCAAGAUUAAAUUUUUGGUCUCUUGCAGCAAAUAUCAUCUCGUGUACAUUCAGCCUAAGAAAGCUGAUAGUAGUGUGUUUCUACAGUGUUUCCCUUUCCAAAUGUUCACCGGACUAAUGUGAGGUGGUGCUCUGUAAACAGUUAAUGCGUCAUGUAGUUUUGAAAUCGAAAGCCAGCAAGUGAUGAGAGCGAAGUAAACAUAGAAGUAACGUAUGGCAAGGAGGUUUAAGCCUAGGUAGCAUGUAGCAACAAAAGUGUCAUUUUAAUACAUUUGUUGUGAAGCUGGGAAUGUGCAUGUACUUUACGUAAGCAAGUUGAUCUUAUCUGUAAUAAGUUGAAACUAAAGUGACUUCUAUCAGCUUAACAUUCUAAUAAGAAUCUCUGAACCAUGUGCAGUUAGCCAGUGUUAAUCUCACCUCUUUGUUUGUCAGUGCAGAUAUGUGUGAAAAUUGUUGAUAUAACCUCAGAGUACAGGAUAAUUGGGCUUAAUGAUGAAAGACAUUCAUCAAUGAUGACUGAUAUAAAAUUUAGUGACACGAAUUUGAAUUUAAUCCGUAAAGUAUUCUCCAAUUGUUGACAUAACUACUGAAGAGCAUAUGUCAAUAAAUAUUGGGAUAGAGCAAGCGCAAUGGCAUCAAAGGAAACAGAGGCAGACAGAAGUUGGUUGUUGAUAUCAGGAGUCUAUCAAUAUUGAUAGACUCCUGUUGAUAUGUGAUACAAUUAAAGAUGCUGAACUUGUUGGUGCUGUUGGUGUGAUGGAAUACUGUGUAAGUGUGUGUGUGUGUGUGUGUGUGUGUGUGUGUGUGUGUCUGCGUGCAUGUACGUGUAGAACAUGCAUGCAAACAAAUCUAUGUAAUGAUGUUACAUGUACAUACUUGUCUUGGAAGGUAUCUUCAUUUAUGAAGCAUAUAUCAUUCCCGUUUUUUUAUAAACAACCAAGCUGAAGUCAGUUG